AGGGACCCACCUGGAUCCAGACCCAGAACCGACAAGGCUUAAAAAAACCCGCACUCCCCAACCCCGGCGCGACUUCCCUGACUCUCCUCUCCCGAGUCGCCGGAACCUCGCCCGAGGGUGCUGGCAAUAAAGCUCAUCCUACGGAUCAUUUCGCCUUGGGGUCUCCUUCAUUCGACUAAUAAACCUUACAUCUGGUGCCGAAACCCGGGAGGAGAUCGAGCCCCCACCCCGGUGAGGAGGCUCCCUCCUCCCCAUCCGGGCCCGGUACCGCUUCUCUGAGCGCCGUUCUCAAGCCUGCGGUGAGUGUCCGCAGCCCCAAGCCUCCUCCUGACGCGGCCGCGAUUAGGGCAGGGCGUCCCCCUCCGGCUACCAGGUGGCCUCCGGAGCUCCAAAGAAUCGGGAGACGUCCCCAUUCUGUGGCAGGUACACCCCUCUCUCUGGUCUGCGGUCCAGCACACGGACGAAGGGACGCUCUCCUCCGUGGUCUGAACUGGUAGGCGAGGCGGCUAUGGGAACGUCCCAGUCCAAAACUGAUCCAAAAACGCCCUCGGGUUGCCUUCUGGCCGGUCUCAAGACCUUAGAGCUGGACCAGGACCUGCGCAGGCGGCGCCUCAUACGCUACUGUAUUGUCGCCUGGCCCCAAUAUCAGUUAGACAGCCCAUCUCAAUGGCCCCGCGAAGGCACCUUUGAUUACCAGGUGCUUACGGAUCUUGACAGCCUCUGCAGAUGCCAAGGCAAAUGGUCUGAGGUUCCCUACGUCCAGGCCUUUUGGACCCUACGUUCUCGCCCUUCACUAUGCUCUCUCUGCUCUGCAUCUCAGGUUCUCCUUGCCCGAUCUCCUCCUCUGACCCUCCUGUCUACAUCUCCCAAGGAUCCCGACCCCUCUGCUCUCUCUCCCCUUUCCGAGCCUCCCGAAAUCUUAUCUAGCCCCCCAGUGAGGGCCCCUCUCCUACCUCCUCCUCCACCCUAUCACUCUCCUGUCCCCCAGCCUCCCGUACCCCUCGUUCCUCAGCAAAACCCCGAUCCAACCCCUAUCUCGCUCACCCCUACCACACCUGAAACCCCCCAACUGAAGGCCGCAGCAGAACCCACCCCUCAAGAGGACCCCCUUCCAUCCCCUCCUAUCUCCACUCGCACCGGGUCUCAUAAGCCCUCUCCAGACUCAGUCUGCCCCCUCCAGGAGGUCGCAGGGGCAGAAGGGGUUGUCCGGUCCACGCACCUUUCUCCUUCCAAGACCUUUCCCAAAUAGUGAAGCGUCUGGGUUCCUUCUCCGCCAACCCA